CGGGCGCCGUCACAAAGCGGCGCCGACGUCGACCUAGGAGCAGAGUUCGCCAGGCAGGGCGUGGCCACCGACGCGCGCUGGCGCUUUACGCAAGCGAAUUCGAGUUAUGACCUUUGUGCUACGUAUCCUCCUCUGCUCAUCGUGCCGGCGGCGUUGAGCGACGCCCGACUCAAGGAAGGGUCCAGAUGGCGGUCCAAGCGGCGCGUACCUGUCUUGACCUGGUACGAUCGAGCUAGUGGUGCGGCCUUAAUACGAGCAUCCCAACCAAAGUCCGGCAUCACGGGCGCUCAUGUGGAUGACGCCGCUCUCCUCCAUGUGCGCGCGGCCGCCGCGCGGAGCCGCGGCGCCGUCGCGGCGCGCUUGGACGACCCGACGGCUUUUGAUGAUGAGGAAGGUUUUGCGAAUAGUUCGCCGUACAAAUCCACGACGGCGCCGAUCUUGCGCAUCUGCGACUGUCGUUCUAUUGUAGCGGCCAAGGCGAACCAAUUGGCCGGCCGGGGCCACGAGACUACCUCCAAAUUAGGUGGUUCGAGGGCCGCGACGCUCGAGUUUCUGGAUCUGGAGAACUUCCACGUCAUUCGCAACGCCAAGAAACGGUUGUCAGAAGCUUCGACCUUGGAGGACUACUACCGCGCGUUGCACGAAUCGCGCUGGCCCGUCUACGUCCAAGCACUAAUUAGUGCAGCGAAGGUCGUCGCGGAUCAUUUGGACAGAGGCGAUCCUUGUUUUGUGCACUGUAGCGACGGCUGGGACCGCACGCCGCAAGUGUGUGCUUUGGCUCAAAUAAUAGUGGAUCCCUACUUUCGAACAAUAAAAGGCUUCGCCGUGCUCAUAGAAAAGGACUUCUGCGCCUUCGGCCACCCCUUCGCAAUGAGAAGUGGAUCGAAGGGCGAGGGCGAAGCCGGUCCGGUCUUCGACCAGUUCCUGGAGUGCGUGCAGUCGCUGCGGCGGGGCGCGCCGGCGUCCUUCGAGUUCACUGAAUCAUUACUGGCGUUGCUCAAAGAACACGUGUAUUCGCGGUUCUUCGGGAACUUUCUGAGGGACUCGGAUGCGGAGAGGUGUGGAGACGACGCCGUGAGUGUGUGGAGGGUGGUUGAAAGUGAUCCGGGGCGCUUUUCUUCGCCGGUCUACGACUCUUCUGCGAGUAGAAGGCUCCCGGUCCUCUCGAAACCGUCGGCGGAUGUUGAACUAGAGCUGUUGAGGGCGCGUAUACGGGCGCUCGAGAAAUGA